AUGGUCCAGAUCAAGGAUUUCGCUGUGGAACAAUGGAUGAACAAGUACGAGACUACAGCCAAAUACAACGUGGCAGAGACCUGCAGCGCUUCACUAUCUGUUCGAGAUCUCCAAGAUCUCUCCGAGGACCCAUCAUUGCAUCCAUUGGACGAUGUUCUUAACCGCAAGCUCACGUACGGGGCGAUUCGCGGCUCUGAACAACUACGAACAACGCUCGCCAAUCUGUAUUCCGUGAGAACACCGACUCCAUUACCUGCGGACAAUGUCUUGGCCACUGCAGGUGCAAUUCAAGCCAACUUUCUUUUGCUAUAUACAUUAGUCGGCCCUGGGGAUCAUGUUAUCUGCCACUACCCCACGUAUCAACAGUUGUAUACGGUCCCGGCGUCGCUUGGGGCCGAUGUAAGCUUGUGGAAGUCAAAGGAGGCGGAUGGGUGGAACUUGGAUCUCGAGGAAUUAAAGGCCCUCAUCCAGCCGAAUACCAAGCUUAUCAUCCUAAACAACCCGCAGAACCCCACUGGAGCUAUUAUUCCCCAGGAGACGCUGGACGAGAUAGUGGAGAUUGCCCGUAGCUCGUCAAUCUAUAUCUUUUGCGAUGAAGUCUACCGCCCGCUCUUCCACUCCAUCACCCCGAUGGACCCAGAGUUCCCUUCGUCGGCACUGUCUCUCGGUUAUGAGCGCACCAUUGUCACAGGAUCCAUGUCAAAGGCGUACAGCCUAGCUGGUAUUCGCGUGGGGUGGAUUGCAUCCCGCGAUCGAUCGGUAAUUGAAGCUUGCGCCUCGGUCCGCGAUUAUACCACCAUAUCUGUCUCGCAGCUAGACGAUGCGGUUGCAAGCUAUGCCCUGGCCCCGACUACCAUCCACGCAUUGCUGAGGCGGAAUAUAGAGCUUGCAAAGCGUAACUUUGCAAUUCUCGACAAGUUCAUCGAGUCUCAUCGGUGGGCGUGCGACUGGGUAAAGCCCCGAGCUGGGACAACCGCAUUUGUACGGUUCAACAAGAUGGGCAAGCCUGUAAACGAUGUCACCUUCUGUGAGACGCUCCUGGAGCGUACCGGGCUGAUGUUUGUCCCCGGAAGUUUAUGCUUUGGCGAUGGGAAGGAAUUCCAUGGCUACGUGAGGAUCGGCUAUGUGUGUGAAACGCAGGUGCUGGAAGACGGGCUCGCGGCAUUGGAGGAGUUCCUGGAAGACGGAUACGAAGAUGUACCUGUAAUUAAAAAGAAGGCGCAGGCCUGA